AUGAGUGAUGUAUCUAGCAAAGUAUCUGGGAUAUCUCCAUCUUCGUCAAUACUCCAAAACAAGAAUGGAAAUAGCAAAUUAACAAACUUUGGCAGUAAACUAAAACAGCAAGUUAUUCAACCCAAGGCCAUUGAGACAAGUGAUAGCGAGUAUGAAGACAAAUCUGAUGAUGAAGACAGCACAGACGGCACUUGGCAGCCUACAAAGGGAAGCACCGAUGAUCUUCACAAAAGUUCGGGACUAAGUGCAGGCGAUACCAGCAAAUGGAACGCAGAGGAACAGGCUGCAGUCCUUAAUUUUUAUGGCCUUGACACUCUUUUCCCUCGAAAAUGGGUAAACGACCCGAGUCUAGCACUUGUCACGACUCCCAUGUCAAGCAAUGCAUCCAAUCCUCUUGCUUUGGGGUCGGAAUCUCCAACCAAACUGAUUCAGACGCAGCGUGUCACACCCGAUGGUCGCUUGGAUACAUCAGAUCCACUAGGAAUUAAAGAAACAAUUUUGAGACGAGGAAAGCGAAGAGAAUCCACUGCAUUCCAGCCAGGAGUCCCAUCUAUUUUUAUUUCUGAAAAAUCCUUUGAUCCAAAUCUUUUUUUAAAGGAGGUGCACCGACUCACUCUUUACAAGGAAUUUGAACAAGGAGCAGUGCAUUUAAAAAUGUCGAUUGAGCAGCGAAAUGAAAUCAUCAAAGGGCUUGUAAAAAAACACUUUGCAAAAUUUGUGAGCGCUAAAGGAACAAUCGAUACUUUCUAUCGUGAAAUGUGUCAAAAGAAUCUCGUCUCGUCGUCAAAUUAUGGAAUAGCCCCUUUUGCAAAAGCCUUGGAAGAGUUGGAGUCAAAUGCAAACAAUCUGUAUGGACCAGUUCUUGGUCGUCGUUCAAACGGUGACAAAAUCCGUAUCACUCUGGGAAUUCUUGAAGGAUGGAAAUUCUUUUUUAAUUUGCCUAGCUCAUUAAUCGAUCAAAUCAACAAGGACAAAUAUGAUGGUGCAGUUCGCGAUUAUAAAAAGGGAAAAUAUUUGAUGCAUUCGUCGUUUUCAGAUGUGGUGCAGCCUGGAAAAGACUUUCGUGGUACCAAAGAUUCGUCUGCACUGCUUCCAAAAACCCACCAGGCUGUAUUUGAAAAAGUAUGGAACGAAGUGGAACGGAUUGUUGGUCAAUUUCGAACUGAGCUGUUUGCUAAACUUGGAGAUUCUUCAAAUUCAGUCGAUGCCCAGGAGAAACUUAUCAGUUAUUUGGUAGAUUUAGAUUCAGAAAAAAGCCCCAUCAUGUGCUUUUUGGAACGUCAGUAUCUGUGGCUUGUAGACAAGAUUAAAGAUUGCCACAAAACAUAUAUAUCCAAGCUAUAUGGUGUUCGUCAAGCUUUUCCAAGUAGAUGCAAUGUUGGGCAAAAUUAUGACACCUUGACAAGCUUUUUGAAUCAGGACACCCAAAAUGAAUCGGAUGACAAGGUUGCUGAACACAAAUCAACCAAUGAAGGAAGCUCGAUGGGCAUCAACACAAACAAUCAAAAGGCUCCUAUUGCAUUUAGACGCAGCACAGAUUACCUGAGUUUGUAUGAUCUUAAACAAGGACUUAGUCAAUCUAUCUUUCACAACUUUGAGUUGUUGUUUUCCAAUAAUGAUGACGCACAGGCUUGGAAACUUACCCUACGCUUCAUUCAAGAAGUGUGCUCACUACUAUGCAGCCGCUUGCCAGACUUUUGUAGAAUUUGCAAGUUAUAUAUUGAUGGAAAGCUUAGCAAAACUAAAGCAAAUGACUCUAAUCGCAAAGCUACUCAAGCGUCUCGAAUUCAAAUGGUGGAUAAAAUAUUUAAAAGUAUCACUGAUUUGAUAGCAGCCAUAUUGGAAGAUACAUUUGGAUUGAAAAUGUCGUUUUCAGAGCUGAUACUCAUGCUUGAAACUCAAGAUAUGAGUAAAGGCAAUUUCCAAGAUAACGAUACACCUCAAGAUACACCUCCAAUUAAUAUACAGGGAAUCAGCAUAGAUACACUAAAUACGGAUACAAAGAGAGGAAGCGAGUCAAACGCAAACAAAUUUGAUGCAGUGUUUGAAGAAUGUCUGAUACAUUUAGAGCCUUUGGCCGUUUCUCAUCAUCCAAGUCGAUUCGCUCAUCUAAUAUCUCAUCCACUGAUCGCUACUCAUUAUUCAACAAAAAUCGUAUCGGUUCUUUCACAAAUGUACUCUGAAAUUCGUCAUUUGUUGUUUAUACGCGAGGAUGCUGCCAUUAGUGGUCUUUCGAUUGCUCUGACUCAAUCUCAAAACAGAUUGGUGGAGUGUAUUUGCGAAGGAUUCCAAACAACAAGUGCGCAGUUUUACAUGUACGAGGAUUGGUCUUAUGAAGCGAAUUCAGCCAUGUCGACACGGUCGACCGAAUCAGUAUUAUCAGACUCGACUUCUAUGGUCAAACUAUUUUAUCGGCUGUCGAAAUUUUUAGUUCGCACUCUUGGCUAUAUUCACUCGGCGCUAUUCUAUCCAUCAACCACGGAAACAUUAGGUACCGUGACAAAUACGUCUCAAUUAUCAAAAGAAUCUCGAGGGUAUACAGCGAUAACAACAUCAAGACAGUCCAUGGUUGAUAAAAUCAAAUUUGCUUGCUUUGAGUCACAGUAUCUUUUUCUUGAUGGACUCCAAUGCCUUGCAACUCAACAAAGCAUAGACAACUCAUCUUUUGUAAGACUAGAUGAACAAUAUUCGGUAAUCCAUCCACAAUGGGUUUCUGGAAAUUUUGGAACUCGCCUUCCAUUUUCCAGUAAAAACGCCGACAGUCGAUGGACAAACAAAAAGAAUAGAAAGUUGAUCAUGCAUAGUAUUGAGACACGUAGCUUUGUGAUUCUGGGAAAUCUUGCAUUUAUAAAAACAGUAUUUAUUCCCAAAAUGUCAAACAUGCUUGAACAAAAGCUUCGAACUCUUGUUCGAACAGAAGUAAAAAGUUUAUGCGACACAGUGGACUAUCUUGAUAGUCUUUUGGUAAAAAACUAUGUUCGUCGCCAAAUGAUAACUAUCAAGCCCCUUUUGGAAUCGGGUAUACUGUCAUCAGGACUAGAUUGGCAGACAUUGGCAAAAACACAAGAUGUGCGUUCAUACUGUCACCAAGUUCUUUUACAUUUGGUUCUGGUUCAUGCAGCAAUUAGUGAGGUAUCCAAAUCACAUGUGCAGCGCAUAAUGAGUGAAAUGCUGCUCUCGCUUUCAAACUGUAUUCUGAUGGCAUAUCGAUCCGUUGACUCUUUUAGCACAAGUGGAAUGCUACAGGCUACGCUUGAAACCGAGUUUUUUCAUCACACACUCAAGGCAUAUGAUACACCAGAAACCAUUUCGGUUAUGGGGAUGAUAUAUGACACUGUAGAACGUAGUACCGUGCGUGCAGAUCAGUCACAAACACUCUUAAAUGAUGCUUUGCUUCGUGUAAAAGGAUACCUUCAACAAUCGAAAAAGUCUACAGAAGUACAGUUUGCUUGCUUUCGGGAUGGCACGAAUGCAGAAAGAGACGAUUGAACGUGUCUUGAUAAUGACAUGCAUUUUUCUUGAAAGAAAAUAUAAAAUCUA